UCCCUUGAUACAUAUUGCGUUUCAAGUAGCGAAUUACAAAAUGGCGGCUGUACGAAGAGCUAAAAUGUUCCAGUGUCCCGCCGUAAUUUGUUAUUCUUUCCGUGAACUAACCGUCUGAAUUCGAUCUACAUUUGUAGAAUGGAAGAGGAAAACCAGUUCCCAACUCCCGGUGAUUAUCAACUGUCAGAGGAGGAGGAGGGUGAGGAGGAAGAAGCUGAAGAAGCAGAUGGUGAUGACGAUGAUUAUGACUCCUCGAAAGCACAGCUUGAUGAAUUCCGCAUGAAAUGGCAGCAAGAGCUUUUGGGUAACCAAGAUGCAGCUGAGUCAAGUGAAGUAGCCGUCCCUUGCAGUAGCAGCAGCAGUGGUAAUAAUAAUAAUGGUGUCCAAGCUACUGUGAGUCACCUGUCCAAUGAGGAUCAAUUAGAGGCUAUCAAAAAUAAAGCUAAAUGGUUCUAUUUGGAAGGUAUUAAAGCAGAACAAAAUGGAAAUUUGUACAAUGCUGUGACUUUCUACAGACAAGCUGUACAAUUGGUCCCAGAUAUUGAGUACCAUGUGAAUUAUAACCCUGGAGUAAAAUGCAGAGAAAGACAAGUUAGUGAAACUUCAAUUGGCAGCAAUGCAUCUGUUGAGGAUGUGGAAGAAGGGAACUUGUUGGCCUUGCUGAGUCGUUUGCAAGCAUCCGAGAAUGUCAUUUGCUCACCUGCUUCUGAACAAAGAGCUACCCAUAUUUCUUCUUUGCCUGUAGAAGUUGUCAUGUAUAUUUUCAAGUGGGUUGUAUCAACCGAUCUUGACACCAGGUCCCUAGAGCAGUUGUCACAGGUGUGCCGUGGUUUCUAUGUAUGCGCACGAGAUGAAGAGCUUUGGAAACUGGUUUGCACCAGGAUGUUUAAUGGUGUCAAUUGCAAAAACUGUAAGAAGUAUGGCUCCUGGAGGCAGAUGUUCUAUCAAAGACCUCACCUUCGAUAUAAUGGCUGUUACAUCAGCAAAUGUUCUUACAUUCGUCAAGGUGAAAAGGGUCUGGAUUACUUCUACAAACCAUGGAACUUGGUGGAAUAUUGCCGCUUUGUUCGAUUCUUUCUAAAUGGGGAUAUUGUGAUGAUGUCCAGUCCUGAAGAACCAGCUGUCUGUAUCACAAAGCUGAGUACAAAAUUCAAGAGUGCCAGCAUGCUUUGUGGUUACUACAGGAUCUCCGGAAGCACUAUUACUGCCUAUUUAACCCGUACCAAGCCGAAUGAGUACUCUAACCAGUACAGUCGACGUAAUAAGCGUAACAGGCCAAAUGAGAACGAUGACCCUGAGCACACAUUUAAUGUGGAGUUUGGGUUACAGUCAGCUGGGCGGCGUAAAUUUGCAAAACUGAUAUGGCGCCAUUAUUCUUUGCAUACAUUCUACAAAUCCAGUAAUAGAGAAACAGUUACAGAUUUUGACCUUAAUGAGCAGAAUUACCCUCCGCUGUAUUUCUCACGAGUGAAAAGCUACAGCACCUAUGCCGUAAAACCUCUCCAGUGAGGGAUAUAUUGUUUGCUCAUUUGCCCUUGAAGGUUAAUCUGAGAAUGUUCUGUGCAAAGCUGGUGGCAUUGGACUCUGAAUGAUUUCAUUUGUAGAACUGCUUUUUUUUUUUGUUUUGUAUUUUUAAAAAUUUAUUUAUAUUAUCUCUAUUUUCAUUCUUUUUGUUUUUGUUUUUGCUAAUAUUUCAUCAGAAACCAUCCCUAAUUAGGUUGGCUUUGUACUAAUAUUUUGUUAAGUAUUUUUUCUAACUUCUUUAAAAAUAUUAAUUUUUCUGCUUUUUAAUUUUGAUCUCAAUAUUCAUUGAACCCAUUCAAUGUAGCAAAGUUUCUGCAAAUAUUUCAGUUCUAACAGCAUUUCGUUUGGUCUUCCUUUAGCGGAGAGAUUACUUUCGAGUUAGUUGGGAUUUUUGUUGUUUCAAUUGUGUGUUUGAUUCUCUCUUAUUUUUUUUUUCUUCAUAUUUUUCUUUUCUUUUAUAAUUUUGUUGUUUUUUUAUCUUAAUUUUUAUCAGUAUAUUGAUUAUAUUUUGGGGGGCAUUUACAUUUCAAAUUUUAGUGUGAAAUGAUGAAACUAUUAAAUAAGAGAAUUUAAACGUCCUAAAAUGAUGAUGACCUUUCUGAAAACUUAUUAUCUCAGGAUUUAUUAGUUGAGAUUUUAUUCUAAAAUGCUUUACUAUAUUAAUCUAGUAGAGCUAAUUCAUUAUUAUUAUUAUUAUUGUUAUUAAUUGCUUGUCAUAAUCUCCUUGCAAAAGGCGUGAAUGUCUCAAUUUUCCUUGAAACAAUUGUACCUUAAAAAUCUGAAGCUUUAUGCCUAAGUAAAUAAAAACCCUCCUCAUCAUCAUCAUAAUUAUUAUUAUUAUUGUGGCUAGUGUUGUGACAUUGUGGCACGUUCUUGGCAACCAAAUCAACAGAUUUGGUUUCAAUUCCUUAUUGGAACUGCUUCACAUAGCUAAUGCCCAUUAAGAAAGACAUGCGUGCAUAUGUGUGUGUAUGUAUGUAUAUAUAUAAAUUUAUAUUCCGGGCAAGUAAGUACACAGGCUUAGCCACAUACUGAAAGAAGAUGCCAAAUGGCUCUAAACUACCUUGAAAUCACAAUAAACAUAUGCUGAACUUGGGGAAAUAAAUUAAAAAGAUUCAUGAAAAGGUUCAAUUACAUAUCAAUUGAUUUCAGGAUUAUGAGAAAUAUAUCUAUAGCUAUAUAUAUAUAUAUAUAUAUACACACACACACACAAAUAUAUGCACACACAUACAUGUCUUUCUCGAUAAAUUUGUGACAUCAUGCCUAAGUAAGAAAUUCUCAUCAUCACCAUUAUUUUUGACACAGUAAUUGUUGUUGUCAUUUAUUAUUAUUAUUAGGUUAUUAUCAUCAUCAUCACUAUUCUCUAUGUAAAUCUGGAGUGAAAAAUUGUGCUCAGCAUAAAUAUAUCAGUAAAACCACAA